UUAAAAUACCGGUAUGGCGUUAUUUUCAUGACAAACGACAUAAUGAAGCCAAGGAACCAGUGACCGCUUCAACCAACUCCCUCCAUCUGGGUUUGUUUACAACUUAUAAAUAUUCCUGGCUGUUCUGCUAAUGAAAUCUGCGGUUAUUCUACAUUUCCAUUUCUCAAUUAAACUUGAUUUAUUCCAAUUCAGAAGUUAGUCAAAACUAAAUUCUCUAAUAUUCGCGGAGAUUUCACGAAAUCCGGCAUUCAGCGGCAUAUUUGGUGAAAAUGCCGCUGACAAGAAUAACCAAAGCGACUGCCGACAAAGUCGGCGAGGCUUGUAGCGACAGUUCUUUAGUAAAAGCCGCCAAGUUCCACAUGAAACCACUCAAUGGACUAGAUAUUCUUGUGUGUGGAAGGUGCCUUCAAGUUUUUCACGCAAUACCAGAAUUGCAGAAGCACAAACAGAAGGGACAGUGUGCUCAACCAGAAUCAGACCCUUCAAAAUUUAAUCCCUCUUCUAAUAUUUGGGCAUUCAUGCUGUGGAAAAAUUCUCCCGCGUGCAAGAAAAUGAAACUUAGAAAUGCUGGGGACAACUCAGUUUGGUAUAAAAAAUGGCAAGAAGUUUCCCUUGAAGAGAGAGAAGCGUGGACUCUUGCUGGAAAAAUCCUCUUUGAAAUGAACAGCAUACACAAGUCAAGUGACCCUGAGGAAGCGGACACAAACUUCCUAGAAAACUUUUCCCAGCAAAUUUCCGACCUAGUUGAAAGUGAUUCUGAUGAAAAUGCAGAACACGAAGAGUCAAGUCCACUUACAGAAUUAAAGACACCAAAAAAGGUUUACGUCAGGAAAAUUCUAGAGUCUAAGGACCUUGUUGAAAUGGACAUCACUCCUAGAAGAGUGAUAAACAAGAAAACCGACAAGAAGAACAACUCUAUAAAAUACAUGGUGCAGUGGGAAGGUCAAUCUGAUUCCAAGACGUCGUGGCUGCCGGAGAAGAGUCUUUCAAAUCACAGAGACUUGAUUGAUCAGUUUGAAGAGAGAAUAUCCAGUACAAGCCGGCCGUGCCGAAGUAGUAAAGCAAAAGCCCUGCACAAAGUGAAGGCGUGGGCUCUUAAAAAAUAUGACGAAAAUGAUGAUGAAUUAGAUGAAGAGGAGGAGCAAUCAGAGGUCGAGGAGGAAGAGGAAGAAGGAGAACUUUCAGAUGACGAGUUUAAACCUGAAGAACACAACAGCACCGAAGAAGAAAAGUCGGAGACAACAGAAGACCUAGAGGGCUCUGAUUCAGUGGAAUCCAAGUCACCGCCAAGGGGAAUAAAAAGAAAGAUUAUCCAACGAGGCAGGAGGCCAAAGCAAGUGAAGAAGAUGUGCAAAUUUGAGGAAAUCCUUCACGUCAGCAAUUGCCACCGGUCGAUUCAAGUGAAUGCAAAAACCAUGCCAAAGGUGAAGCCUGGCAUUCAGCUAAUAAAGAACAGUCCUUCACUUCUCCUCCUGGCACCAAUGCUCUGCAAAAACAAACCAAAGGAAGAACCGUCUGGCCUUGUGGUUCUCACAAACAACAUCUUGCGAAACAGACCUGGAAUUCGAAAGAGGCAAGGGCUGAAACUCUUUGAGGAUAGCGCGCCCAAGUUUUUCUCCCAAGAGCUUCCGUCCAGAUCGAGACAGAAGCCGAAACCUAAACGGAAACAAACCACAAGCAUCAUCAAAAUAUUGAGUUCUCCAUCGGAACCUCCUGUGCCGACAAAGAAGGUGUACGUCCCGGCCAAAGUCAACAACAAACCAACACAAAACAAGAUCUACACCACUUUUCUGCCUCCCGCUGACCCUCGUAAGACAAGCAAAGCACCAAGCUACGCAAGCAUUUCCUCAACAAUCAAGCCAACCGCUAAAGUGCAAUCCAGAACCACCACUAAUGUGACGAGAACGCCAAGGGUCAUCAAAGCACCUUUGGGCUACUCGGGACCACGACCCAACAAUCCAGUGACCACUUCCCCAAUGAAACGCGUCCCUUCGGCUCCAUCAGUGCGUUCCACUCAACCGACCAUAUCAAUACAGGCGUCUGGAGACACCGCUGCUGGACCCCAGCACGUGGAAAUCCCGCAGGGUGUCGAUCCAGGCGCUUUGGAGGUGCCGGCUGGAAUGCAGCUCAUGGUGUCCGACAACGGAGAGUACUACUUGCUACCCCAGCAGCCGGUAGGCAGCACAGUUGCCCUGGCGCACGAUCCCGAGUCGGGCACGGUCCAGGUUGUGGCCAUUCCUGAACAGCCAGAUUCUGGUCUAGCCCCUAUUAAUGUGGAAGUCAACCACCCCACCACAGGAAUUAUUACUCAUGACGCGGCAGACACGCAGAUCAAUGCCGCCGACGCAGGAAGAUUUGUACUGGUGAUGACAAAGGAAGGCGAACUAAUGCUGAUUCAAACGGACCAAAACAGUGCAGUGGAGAGUUAGACUUAAAUAAAAUGCUGCCAACAGCUUGGAGUUUGACGUAGGAUUAAGAUUUUAAUAGCUUGUACAAUAUAUACUAAACGUUACUCAUUUACUGCCUUCUUUCACUGCAUGAUCCAAUUUGGAAAUGGUGAAAAUGUUCUGUCCAGUGAUGCUGAAACCGAGAUUCCUUUCAUGAGCCAAUUUCUGAAGUUUAUCCACAUCACUGUCGUUCAGUACAAGUGGCAAGUGGAUCUGUCUGGCUCUCUUGUCAGCGACGAAUUUAUCCAGACGAAGACUCAUUGAUUUCGUCACUGGAUCAAAAUCCUCCUUUAAAAAGAAUAAAUAUGUAUCUAUAUGAUAGAAAUAAUGCUUCAGCCAUACUUUCUCAGCAACCAAUAGCUUCUUGUGGAAGCCACAAUGAUCCUCAGUCUCAGCUUUUUUUCCAGUUGAACCUUGGAACAUGAACUUCGCCAUAUCCUUUUCCUUCUGCUUGGCAAGUUCUUUCUUUUCUUGCACCUUUAUUAACUCAACAGUAUUUAAUUGUCUACCACUAUUAAUUGGUCCAUUCACCUUCUUCAGCUCAAGGUUGAUAGUCUCGUCGCAAGGAUUCUUCCAUUUAGCUUUCGUCAAUCUUCGAGUCGCACCCUCAAAAUCACCAAGAGUGGCGAGUGCUCUUCCAUAGCUUAAAAUGAUAAUCUUAAAUUAAAUGAUCCUAGAAAUUAAAUAAUAAAGUUCACUGGAAAUUUGCUUUGGAGUUCUGAGGUUCAAUCUUCAACGCUUCUUGGCACAUACUGCACGCCUUCUCAGGUUCACCCAAGGAAUUGUGGCAAAUAGCCAGGUUCACGAAGAGUGUUUGAAGUUUUUUCAUCUGCUCUUCAGAGUCCUGUUUGUUCUUAAUCUUGGUGAAGUUCUCAAGGCGGCGCACAGCUCGCUUGAAACUUACGGCAACAACGAAAAUAAGGUUUUAAGUUAAUUUUCAAUAUUACCAGCCAAUCGCAGAUAUGUAAGACUGGUUCUUAAAGAACUGAAUGCCUUCUGCGUGCUCUCGGUUAACUGCUUUCAAAAGGACCUUGAAGUCGGCUGUUGACUGAUUUUGGUCCUCCAUCAUGCUGGCAACUUCUCCUUCAAUGACGUCCUCCAGGGUAAUUUCAUACAUCAAAUGAGCAUCUUAAAAGAGUGAAUUAGCCCAGGGGAACAACAGUUUACAGAAAUAAGCUACUUGCAGGGAUUCUGGGGGGACAGCCGUUUGCCCCGUACAUCAAGUCUGGAUGCAGAAGAAACUGGGACCUCUCAUUCUGCUUCAUGGACAUCAGAGCUUCUUUCAAACCAGUCAGAAUGCCAUCCUCCAAUCGAACCUUCCAUGGAUGUCUCCGCAGCAAAGUGGAAUCAAACGAUGCAUCUUCAUUGUCUCUGUAUGCAUUGUAGUGGAAUGACACAAAUGCAUUCUCUGGCACCAACUCGCCACAACCCUCCAGGAGAACCUAAAAUCGAUUAGUAUUUUUUUUAUUCUCUGCUGCCCUUUAAAUUGUUAACUACCAACCCUUUUCAUAAUUUUCCCAUCAUCUCUGAUUGGAUGCAUUUUCUUGACGAGUUCAUCAAAGCUAGGAAUGAAUUCUUGAGGUUUGGGAAACAGCUUUUUCGCCGACUGUCGCCUCUGCUCGUUAGAAUGGCGGGGCACUUCAUCUUCAUCAAACGAACCAUUUCCUUCAUCUUCACUGCUACUGUCAAACUCCUUGCUCACGGUUUCAAACACAACGUGACCAUUGUUCUCUGCUGCAGCUUGUAGUUCACUGCGUCGACAAAAAUAUUAAUAAUCAAUAUCAUAAAUAUAUUAAUUAAUAAAUCAAACAUAAUUUACCAGAGCUUAAUCCCAUUCUUCUCCACGUUCAAAGCAAAAAAGUCGUCCAGUUCUUGCUGCUCAACUUUCACUUCAACGUUCACCAAUGGAUCAAAUGCAGAUAGAUCCAUUAGAUCACACUUGUUGCCAUUUUCUUUUUCUUUAUCUGAGGACAUCGUUCACAACC